AUGGUGGUCUACCGACUUCUUUCCGGAAAUCAGUUGAACGGGGAACGAUUGGCCCUGCAGAAGAUCAAUUCCCCAGUGUUCCACGCAUUAGACUUUCAGGGCAUUUUUGUACAAAUACUCAACGGCGAGUGCGCCCCUAUAAAGGCUGCUCGCCACGGCAUCAACCCCGCCACUCUCGAGCCUUUGCCUGAGGUUCCUGUCGCAACACAAGGCGACCUCGACAGCGCGGUCGCUGCAGCCAAGUCCGCUUUCCAAGCCUGGUCCAAAAUACCAUACGAGGAGAGGCGCAGUUCCGUGCUCGCCUUCGCAGGUGCAAUCGAGUCCCUGAGAACCGAGUUUCAGGACUUGCUCAUAUCUGAACAGGGAAAACCUAUCCCACAAGCAGAUGCCGAAACGGACGCGGCCAUGGCCUGUAUCCGAGGCAUGGCCAAUAUACCGCUGCCGGAAGAGCUAAUCGAAGACACAGAAAAGCGGACUAUUGUUACACGCCACCCUGGUAUCGACAAGAUCAGGUUUACAGGGUCAACGGCGACAGGAAAAGCUGUCCUACAGAGUGCCAACCCGACCCUGACGCGUGUCACGCUCGAGCUGUACGUGCCGUCGCGAGGCAUUUCGCUCCGUGAAAUUUGA